AUACCCUUUGCCCUCAAUUUUUCUCAUCUUGAACUCCUUUCUUUUCUUUAACAAAUUAUGAUACGCUUCUGCUCCACAAACAUAGAGGAGGGAAUCUUGAAGACUUUUUAACUCAAAAGAAGACGUUUUCACUGGAAACAACAAAGAGAAACCUUUCUUUAACCCUUAUAAUAAUAUUCUGGAAAGACAAAGAAGCAGCUGCUAAAAUGUUUUUAAGCAUAGCCAAAUACAGAUACUAUUGUAGUCGUCGACAGAUAUAGCUUUUCUUGUUCUUUUUUUCUCAUCUGUAUGUCGGGAUUUUUCAUAUCGAUACCAGUCAUGGAUUUCGAGAUAGCGAUCAAGAAAAGGAAGUGUUACAAGGAAGACGAAGAAGAAGAUGAUCAGCCCUUAAAUCGCUUAAGCUGUUUGCCACAUGAUAUCGCCUUAGACAUACUCUCGAGGCUGCCCAUCAAAUCUGUUAUCCAAUUCAGGUUUUCUUGUCGAUCCUGGAAUUUCUUGUCUCGUGAUCUACAACUUGUUGAUAUGCACAUGUCCCGGGCACUGAUCUGCCAAAGGUUAUGCCUUAUUUUUCAUUCUGAUUAUCCUAUUCGAAACCAGCUUCACUUUGUUGAAUUUUCUGAUGUUGAUGACAAUGAAAUAGUGAGAAAAAUUGAUACUCCCUUUGCCGUUUCCAUGCCGGAAUUUAAUGUGAUUGGCUCAUGCAAUGGUCUGUUAUGCCUAAUUGAUUCAUUAUUUUCUGACUCCAUAUACAUAUACAAUCCUUUUACGAGGGACUAUAAAUUGCUACCAAAGUCCGUUGAAUUCGAAAAUCAGAUUGUCAUAUUUGGAUUUGGAUUCCAUCCAAUUACUAAACAGUACAAAGUGAUCAAGAUAGUUUACUAUCCGAGUGUCUAUAAUCUUGAAAUUCCUAGGCAUGUCCGCAGAUUUACACACAUGAGUUCACGGAGAUCAGAUGUUCAGAUUUACAAUCUGGGUACCGAUAGAUGGAGAAGCAUAGGGCAAGCACCUUACAGACUAGAGAAAAGGUCUUCACUAGGAGUUUUGGUGAGUGGGAGACUUCACUGGAUGAGUCACUGGGGAAAGUACAAUGGGCGUCGUAACAGGAUCAUCGUGUCUUUUGACCUCUCCGAUGAUUCAUUUCAAGAGAUUCCAGGGCCCAACACUGGUAACUUAAGAAGUCUGAUGAAUUGCCAUGUUGCUGUUUUAGGCGGUUGCCUGUGUGCUGUCCUACCUUCGUAUGGGGGUAACGGAGGUCACGAUAUUUGGGUGAUGAAAGAAUAUGGAGUGAAAGAAUCUUGGGUGAAGGAGUUUACUCUUGGAGUUUACUCCCCAAGGUUUAUUCGUCCUGACAUGCAGAAAUCUUACCAGAUUUGGAGGAAAUUUCUCGGUGGUAGAUUAGUUCGUAUAAUAUGCCUUUUGAAGAGUGGGGACGUAUUGGUGGAGUACAGAGGAGGAACUUUGGUUUCUUACAAUCCAGACAGCGGAAUGUUUAAGAAUAUCACGUUUCAGGGGAUGCCGAAAAUGUUCCAAACGAUAGUUCAUAUUGGUAGCCUUUAUCCUGUUGUUCAAUCCUAGACUUUACAUACAGAAAUCUAAACAUUUUGUUGAUAUUUGUAAAUUAUAAUUAGGUGUUAAUUCCUUAUUGAAAUAAUAUUGUUUAUGGUAUGGUAGUGUCCUCCACU